AAAAUAUUAUAACUUUUUACAAUACUUUACACAUCUAAAAAUAUUCUGCAGAGUUUGGGGACAAAUAAAAGGUUUGUCCUUUUAUUACAUAAAAGGUAUGUCCUCCUUAACCAGCUAUAAUCUCUAAUAAUCUCAGUCGGCAUGUUUGAUGGCAUGUGAGUGAGUGACAACUAGCACCAGGCACUUGAAGGAAAGAGAUAAUCCUUCCCCCUAUAAGCUCGUCUAUAAUGAGAUUUGGGGGUUUUGGGACAAUGCCAGUUCUUCUCAGUGCCUGCUCCACCUUUUGCUCGACUUCUGCUGAGACACUACCACAAAGUUUGUAGACCCCUGAUGUGGUUUUCAGUAUUAGAUGUCCAAUUUUUUAUUAUUUUUGGCAAAACCAAGAGGGUUUUUUGUUCUUGUAGUGAAAAAAGAGGCAUAAAUAUUGGCUUUUGUGUAGUUUUUUUUUCACAACUGUUUUUGAAAUUGACAUUCUUCCCUUGUCUUAGGGGGAAGCCUUAUCUUUACCUCGUUCAGAUUUUGACCUGAAGUUUACGGAAACUUCGAAGGCGAGGUCCCACUGAUGGGAAGAGGCAUCCACCUCCUGAGCUAUUCUUAGCUUUUAGAUUCUUGCUCACGGACUUCUCUACGCUACAGAAAGAUUGUGACAGAGACAAGACAGACUGAGGGACUUAAGGAGACGGGCCAUGUGCGCCUGAGGCACCGGGUGGAGGCUGCAGUGCGUCCCUGCAGGCAAGCGGGCUGACUCACAAACAGAGACGCUCCGAUGAAGGGGAGGAGGAAGAGGCGAUCGGGGGGAGGGGCCUCUAAACAGACGGCGCUGCUUCGCUGAGCAGCCCAGAUGAGUUCAGACUGUCAGGCAGUCUGUCACUCAAAACCGCUGGGACCAAACUGAAGCUGUAAUUACUCCUCUUUUCUCCUCCUCAACUGUUUCUGGAUGUGGAUGCAGAGGCGUUAACUGGGCACCAGGCAAACCUAGGUGACACUCCGGGGAACAGGAUGCAUCUGGUCGUGGAGCCCUUUCAGGAGGCCGUGAUGAAGAUGCUACCUUAUUUUGUGGAGAAUGCUGUUUUGACCCAGAAUGAGAUAAACCGCAUUUUGAGCGAGAGCUUCUUCAUGGUGAAGGGCGCCGCUCUCUUCUUGCAGCAAGGAAGCAGUCAACAAGGCCAAAAAGCACAUCCUCCUCACAAACAUGCAGGUGAACUACCUCAGCACCUGCAGGUGAUGAUAAACAUUCUCCGCUCAGAGGACAGAAUCAAACUGGCAGUGCGUCUGGAGAGCGCGUGGUCAGAUCGGGUGCGGUACAUGGUGGUGUUGUACACCAGCGGGCGACAGGACACGGAGGAGAACAUCCUUCUGGGAAUCGACUUCACCAACAAAGACUGUAAAAGCUGUUCUAUCGGCAUGGUGCUACCUCUUUGGAGCGAUACAAAGAUUCAUCUGGAUGGAGACGGGGGCUUCACUGUGAACACAGCAGGUCGGACUCAUGUUUUCAAGCCCGUGUCGGUGCAGGCUAUGUGGUCGGCGUUGCAGGUGCUGCACAAGGCCUGUGAGGUGUCACGCAGGUUUAACUACUUCCCUGGAGGCAUGGCCCUCACCUGGAUGGGAUACUAUGAGAGCUGCAUCGCUUCUGAGCAGAGCUGCAUCAACGAGUGGAACGCCAUGAAGGACUUAGAAACCACGCGGCCAGACUCACCCAUCAUGUUUGUCGACAAGCCUUCAGAGAGGGAAAGGACGGAGUGCCUUAUUAAAUCCAAACUAAGAAGCAUCAUGACCUCCCAGGACCUUGAGAACGUCACUUGCAAACAGAUCCGAACUGAGCUGGAGCAGCACAUGAACUGCAACUUGAAAGAAUACAAGGAGUUCAUUGACAAUGAGAUGCUGCUGAUCCUCGGCCAGAUGGACAAAGCCACUCUCAUUUUUGACCACGUGUACUUGGGAUCUGAAUGGAAUGCGUCUAAUUUGGAGGAGCUGCAGGAGACGGGGGUGGGCUACAUCCUCAACGUUACCAGGGAGAUCGACAACUUCUUCCCAGGGACGUUCUGUUAUCACAACAUCCGCGUUUACGACGAAGACGCCACGGAUCUCCUCGCUCACUGGAACGACACGUAUAACUUCAUCAUGAAAGCAAAAAAGAACGACUCCAAGUGUCUCGUCCACUGUAAGAUGGGCGUCAGUCGCUCUGCCUCCACCGUCAUUGCUUACGCCAUGAAGGAGUACGGCUGGUCUCUGGAGAAAGCGUACAACUUUGUGAAGCAGAAGAGGAACAUCACACGACCCAACGCAGGUUUCAUGAGGCAGCUGGCAGAGUAUGAGGGCAUUUUAGAUGCCAGCAAACAGCGGCACAACAAGCUGUGGCACCCGGACGCAGACUGCGAGAUGGCCGAGGGCCAUCAGUUCUGUGGUGGAGAGGACGGAGGGGAUCCCACUGCAGACCCAGGGAUGUCUCCCUGCUGUGAGGAGGGAUCCUCCAACAAAGGCGCCGCCUGCUCAUCACCACGCAGGACUGUCGCUCUCGACAUCGACCCCGCCUACAACAACUACUACUUCCGCCGGCUCUCCGACUCGGCCCUCGACAGCGAGCCGUCGACACCUGUGCGUGGCCCUCCUCUUCUCGGCAUGGAGAAAGUCUUCAUAGAAAUCGAGGACGUGGAGAGAGACGCCCUGCUGGACGACGAGGCUUUUCACGGGCGGGAAGGCCUGCCGCUCCCUCACUUUGGACCCACAGCAGAGGGCACCGCCGCCCAGACCUGCAGCCGGGGGCCUGAACCCCUGGAGGAGCUGCGGCUGAGGCUGGAGUUCAGCACAGUGGAGGAGGAGAACGAGGAGGACGUCCAAAAGGAGGAGGCAGAGAUGGAGGUGUUGAUGCAGCCAGAUGACAGAGGGGGAGGCGAGGGAUACGCUGGCGAGACUCAGGAUGUGGAGGUCGAGGGCGAUGCGGAGGGGAUCGGGAUGGAUCUGGCAUCCCUUAAUGACAAUUCAAACAACAACAAUCAUUUGAGCCUUCUACAAAACCACAAGGACACUUCUUCCUCCUUCCUUCUUCAGAGAGAUGCUUCUCUGGUGUCUGGGUCUCAUCAGAAAGAGCGUUCUUCUUCUCCGUCUUCUGAGCUUCGCCUUAACACCCGCCCUCCUUCUGAAGUCCAAAGUGCUUCAUUGCGUCAUUCUCAAACGUCUACUGAAGGCCUUUCGUCUUCAGAGGGGCUUCUGAGCCCCUGUGGUCCUCUGUGUGACUGUGCCAACUGUGCAGCCUCUGCCACUGCUCUGCCGUCCUCAGAGGCACAGCGGUCAGCGGAGGCCGAGGACAGCAGCCAUUUGCUUCAAGACAGCCCAUCUGAGUCUGCCUCGGAUGUUCUCCCUGAACUGAUGAGAGCCGAUUUUGAGGGAGAGACGCCCGCAGUGGCUUAUUACCUUGGCCAACAGCAGGAGAGCCUCUUGCAGCUGCGUCGGUCUGGCCUGGUCCGGCGUCAGGCAGAGAGGCUUGAGAGGCUUUCAGGAAUGUCCCUGCAGGAAUGCCAGAAGUCUAAGAGGUGUGCGUCUCACAACGAGGAAAAGGAGGAGUUCUCCAGUUUUACCGGGGAUUUCGCUAAAACUUCAACCCCGUGCCAAGUGCGGCUAGAGCCACUGGUAGUGCCACUGACCAACGAGGCCUUGUUGGGGGUGGUGGGUUCAGGGCUCCUCACGCCCACCUCCUCCCCUCACGGCUCCACGCUGACACGGAGCUCCAGCAGCGACAGUCUGCGCAGCGUGCGGGGGAAACCCGGCCUCGUACGUCAGAGGGCGCAGGAGAUCGAGACGCGCUUGCGGCUGGCAGGCCUGACCGUGCCCUCCAGGCUGAAGCGCUCCAACUCGCUGGCCAAGUUGGGAAGCCUCAACCUCUCCUCCGAUGACCUGUGUUCGGCCUGUUCUUCAGACGCAGGGACGCUGCUGCUCCUCUCGCUGUCCCCUGAGCCGGACCAGGGUUUGGAGUGGGACUCUCCAAAUGCCUCGUCGUUGUCCAGACCCGGCAAGAACCUGCUCACUCCAGAAAGAGCACUUCCAGGUGAGCCCAGGAGCUGACAAAUCAAGUGGGACUCAUACAUUUGUGAGCUCCACUCACCUUCCCUCCUGUCGCGCCGUGUGGUUGUGGAGGGCUGCACCCAUUCCGGAGAGAAGCGAGUCGAAACUGAGCAAACGCAAACACAAUGCCAACUCUUACACAAGGAGGCCACAAUGUUUCUCAAACUGCUGUUCAUAGCGAUCAAAGUCAUACUGCUGUAUCUGACAAACCUGUUAAGCCAUCAGAUCACCUCUAACUCUGAAUCACAGACAAACAAGUGCCUUACCCAAGAGACCAGAGGCACAGAUCUGUGUGACAGAUUGCAUGCUGAGACGGUACGAGGCGCUCUGCGACCUUUAACCUGGUUUCCAGCGGCUCCUACUUUACCUUUACCUGUCAGGUACAAAGUUAUAGCCUGCAUUGAUGAACUUGAAUUCCUCAACGAGCUUCCCAGAAACUGAGAGUUUGGUUUGGUGAAAGCAGAGUUGUUUUGACAACAAUUUUUUUAUUUAAUUUUUUUUAAAGGUUACCUCAUGUUGCAUUCAGUGAGUUCCUGUCCAGAAUAUUUCAGGAUUUUUGAAGUGAGAUUCUGCAGUAAGGUUAAAAGCAGUUAAUAUUUAACUUCUAGUAGAAAUGUUAACCCUGUCGGAGUCUUGGUUUAAUACGCUGCACUGUUACGGCAAGUAUUACUCAUACUCCUGGCAUUUAGGCAAAAAUUACUUGACAGGAAAUUAGACAUUUUUAAAAGAAUAGUAAAACAAUUCUAUCUAUUUUUAUGUUACGAUGGAUUUAUGCCAUUCUCGAUUAUCUGUUGAAAUUUUAGUAGGCCUAAAGCAUUCAAAUCCUUAUAAUAAUUGCUGACCAGCUUUUUGCAUGUUUCUGGGCAUUUUUUAAAGGUUUUAAUUUUUCCAAGUUUUCAGUACUUGGUUUUAAAUUUAAUUUUGUCAUGUCUAGUAAUCACGUUUAAAUCAUUAUGGUCAUAAAACAUUUUAAAUUUAAACUUACAGAAACCUUGUGUCUUUCAUGUUGGGGGUUAUUUAGCCUGAAACGAUUAUUAGCAGGAAAUUGAGAUAGGAGGCGGUGUGCCACAAUGAGCUUCCCCAUGAAACAAGUGCUAAGAACGCAACAUGUAAUGCAUUUUUAUUCAGAGACAGCAGAAGCAGAGUAACAACCAAAAUAUAUAUAACAUGCAGUUUUGGCAAUCAGACAGUUAUCCUGACUGGAAACCUUUAAAUGCUCUGUUCUCAGUAGUUGUUUUGCACAGGAAGAUCAUUAGCGGCGCGCAUCUUCUUACCUCUGUUUACUGCGAUUUGAACAUGGCUUCUGUGUUAAUAACCACCCGAUGCAAACAAGAAAACAGUUUAAAGUUUUAUCAGUUUUAUAAACUGCUUUGAUGUUCUUGAGACCAGAAUUGUUUUAAGAGAAUAAAAUAUUGUUGGUUUGGUCUGUGAAACCGUCUAAACUGGAUUUAUAUUAAAUGAACAGAACCUCACUUCAAAAAUCCUGAACUAGUCCUUUAAUUGGACUUCUUUCACUAAUGCUUGGUUAGAGUGAGGACAUUGUUUUUUUGUUGUUGUUUUUUUAAAACUAAUGUGUAAUGUAUUAAUUACACUUGCGUAUGAGUGAGCGAAUGGGAGUGGGAAGAGAAACAACCGUUGCCAGAGGCAUACUUGCUGUUUUCAACAAACAGAACAGAAUCUUUUCUGAGUUUGUUGUUCCUUUUGCACUGCUUUUUGUUACUGAGUCGAUUCUGGCGAGCUAUCUUCCAAAAUAACAUUGGAGUAAUGUUGUUAACCUCAUCAUUUCCUACAUUGUAUAAUAUUUUGGGGGGAGCGUAGUGACGAGAAGUCACGCAGCAUGGCUUGAGAUCAAAAUGAAAAUGGCUAGUGUGAGAGUUAGAUCUCACAUUUGUGUGGACAUUUCUGACAUUUAAAAAUAAAAAAUAAAAAAACACAGUGUAAACACUACCUGUAAGCAUUCUCUGGCUUAAAUUCAGUUAAAAGUGCUGCCAAUGUCUUUAAGCUCAUUUGUGCUUUUCGAAGUGUGGGAGACCAAAGUUAUUUUUUGCCAUCUUAACAAAUUGAAAGCUGUACGAAACAUGUGAAUCCUAAUGUCAAUCGCGUACAUAUUUAAAUGCUGUCACCUCUUUUUUUGCACCUUUUGGAGUAGUCAAAGAGAAUCUGAGGAGUCACGGGGCUCAUAGCUGUUAGGCUUUUAUGCUCAUAUCAUCAGUGAGUUUUAAAGCUUUUGUGACGACGUUCACACUAGGUUACUUCACAGUUUUGUAACCGUUUUCCUUUUUUAUAUUUUAAUUAUGCAGUAAUUUUUGUACUGUGCAUUGCUGUAGUUUGAAUGCAUAUUGCACUUUUUAUGUUGGUAAGAAAAUAAUGUACUGUAUGUGCUAAUUAUGAAAAUAAAAUCCUCUUUUACAUAAUUUAA